GACUGCUGCAGCAAUGACAUCUGAAGAAAAGAAGGAGCGACCAGUAAGCAUGAUAUGUGAAGCAACUAACUAUAAUCUGACAUCAGAUUAUGCUGCUCAUCCAAUGAGCCCUGUGGGCAGGACAUCACGAUCUUCAAAGAAGGUUCAUAAUUUUGGAAAGAGGUCAAACUCCAUAAAGAGAAAUCCUAAUGCACCAGUUGUCAGACGUGGCUGGCUCUACAAACAGGAUAGUACCGGAAUGAAGUUGUGGAAGAAGCGGUGGUUUGUGCUCUCAGAUCUGUGUCUUUUCUACUACAGAGAUGAGAAAGAAGAAGGAAUACUAGGAAGCAUACUUCUGCCUAGUUUUCAGAUAUCCAUGCUUUCUGCUGAGGACCAUAUUAACCGCAAAUAUGCCUUUAAGGCAGCUCAUCCAAACAUGAGGACCUAUUAUUUCUGCACAGAUACAGGGAAGGAAAUGGAGUUGUGGAUGAAAGCUAUGACAGAUGCAGCACUUGUGCAGACAGAGCCUGUGAAAAGAGUAGAGAAGUUAACUGCGGAAAACACGCCACCUCGAGAGGCAAAUAAUAUUUCAAACCAUCGGGUGCUAAUUAAGCCAGAGGCACAAAAUAACCAGAAAAACAAAGAAGUCAACAAAAAUGAGGAGAAAAAAGCUUUGGAAGCUGAAAAAUAUGGAUUCCAGAAAGUCGGACAAGAUAAGCCAUUAACAAAAAUUAACAGUGUGAAGCUAAAUCCUUUGGGGUCUGAAUACAGGACUUUACCCAUAAGCACGAUUCCAGCUGGGCACUUCAGACCAGUUCAUUUAAAUGGGUCUGAGAAUAAAGCUGUUGGUGUUGUCCUGGCAGAUGCUGGAGAUGGGGGUCAUUACAAUGCGGUCCCAGCACAUAUGGAGUCUGAACGAGUUAUGCAGAGAACAAAUUCAAUGCUGCAGUUGCAACAAUGGAUUAAAAUACAAAGAGGAAAAGGACAAGAAGAGGAAACAAGGGGCAUCAUCUCCUAUCAGACAUUACCAAGAAACAUGCCAAGCCACCGACCUCAGGUUUUACCUCGGUACCCAGAAGGCUACAGAACACUGCCAAGGAACAGCAAAACACGGCCAGAGAGCCUCUGCAGCGUGACGCCGUCGGCUUACGACAGGGCCAUCGGGCCAGUAACAGCCGAAGAAAAGCGGCGGUCGAUGCGCGAUGACACGAUGUGGCAGCUCUAUGAGUGGCAGCAGCGGCAGUUUUACAACAAGCAAACAACUCUUCCUAGACACAAUACUUUAAGUAGCCCGAAAACCAUGAUUAAUAUUUCUGACCAGACAAUGCAUUCGAUUCCCACCUCACCUUCCCACGGUUCAAUCGCUGGUUUCCAGGGAUAUUCCCCACAGCGGACCUACAGGUCGGAAGUGUCUUCACCGGUGCAAAGGGGAGAUGUAACUAUUGACCGCAGACACAGGGCGCAUCAUACAAGGCAUGUCCUUGUGCCCGACAGAAGGUCAAUGCCAGCAGGUCUGAGUUUGCAGCCUGUUACUCCUCAGACCCUCCAAGGCAAAACACCGGAGGAGCUCACGCUGCUGCUCAUAAAGCUGAGACGGCAGCAAGCUGAACUGAGUAGUAUCCGGGAGCACACACUAGCACAGCUCAUGCAACUAAAACUUGAGGCCAGCAGCCCAAAGAAUGAGAUUCUUUCACAUCACCUUCAAAGGAAUGCCAUAUAUUUGGAUCAUCAGAUGAAAGAGAAUGAACCUUUAAUCACCAUGGUUCACACUAUGAUUGAGAACUCGGCGCUAAGACCACAACUGUACCAUCAAUUAACACAAGAAGAAUGUAGGGGCACACUGUACAAAUAUAGAGCUGAAGAGCUGGAUAUUGAUGCUAAGCUUAGCCGUUUAUGUGAACAGGACAAAGUCGUACAAGCACUGGAGGAGAAGCUUCAACAGCUACAGAAGGAGAAAUACACGCUUGAGCAAGCUUUGCUCUCAGCAAGUCAGGAGAUAGAAAUGAAUGCAGAUAACCCCGCAGCCAUACAAAGUGUAGUCUUGCAGAGAGAUGACUUGCAGAACGGACUGCUUAGCACUUGUCGAGAAAUAUCACGAGCUACCGCAGAACUUGAAAGAGCUUGGAGAGAAUAUGAUAAAUUGGAGUAUGAUGUAACUGUAACAAGGAACCACAUGCAGGAGCAACUCGAGCGGCUUGGAGAAAUUCAGACGGAAUCAGCGGGGAUACAGCGUGCUCAGAUUCAGAAGGAACUGUGGAGAAUUCAAGAUGUCAUGGAGGGUUUAAGUAAACAUAAACAGCAAAGAAGCUCUUCAGAAGCAGGCAUCAUGGGAUCAAGGACACUUUCAACUAUUAAAUAUAAAAAUGAGGAAGAGGAAGUAGUCCCACCUCGUCCUCCACUCCCUCGGUCCUAUGACUUUACAGAGCAUCCUCCCAUAAUCCCCCCUCUGCCCAGUGAUAGCAGCUCCUUGCUCUGUUAUAGCAGGGGCCCAGUACAUCUGCCAGAAGAAAAGAAGAUUCACCAAGUUCAAGGAUAUCAGAGAAAUGGAUCUUACUGUGGUCCUGAUUAUAGGCUUUAUAAGAGUGAACCAGAGUUAACUACAGUAGCAGAAGUGGAUGAGUCUAAUGGCGAAGAAAAAACAGAGCAGAUUUCAGAAUCGGAAUCUACUACUAAAGGCUCGCAUUUUCCUGUUGGAGUUGUCCCACCCAGAACCAAAUCACCAACACCAGAGUCCUCAACAAUAGCAUCCUAUGUCACCUUGAGGAAGAAUAAGAAGAUAGAUCUAAGAACGGAAAGACCAAGGAGUGCAGUGGAGCAACUGUGCCUUGCAGAAAGCACGCGGCCUCGAAUGACCGUGGAGGAACAGAUGGAAAGAAUAAGGAGACACCAACAAGCUUGCCUGAGAGAGAAGAGAAAAGGACUCAACAUUAUUGGUGUUUCAGACCAGUCCCCUUCACAGAGUCUGCCCUUUGUCAGAGAUAAUCCAUUCAAAUUGGCACAGAAUCGAAGAAAGGAUGAUGCUGUAUCUGGUAACAUGAAAGAAUUAGAGAGCACCACUAAAGAAAAUAAUUUGAAACAAAAUAAUGAAAUCCUUGGAGAAGAAAAAGGGCACAGAAAACGUGAUGGAGAACAAGAACAUAAUUCAGGUUUUAUUAAAGAGCUGACAAAAACUGAUGGCCUUCUAUCAGAUGCACAUGUUGUAUCCGACUCAAAAGAAGUGAGGAAUGAUGAGAAAGCAGAAAAGGAAAAUACAUUGGAAGAAACACGUGAUGGUGAUAUAAGCUUGAAAAGUGUGACCACAGUUACAAACCACAAACCCAAAACCAGCUCAGAAGAAAGUGAAGUAGCUAGCAUUCAGGAACAAGAAGGGAUUAUGUCUUCACUUGAAUUAGCAGCACAGUCUUCAAAAGGAAAUCAGGCAACAGCAGUGAAAAGUUUACCUUCUUCACCAGAAUCGUCACUGUCACCAGCUACAUCUACACAGACACAGCUCACAGAAGGAUCACAUUUCAUCACUAAUGGCUUCUGUUGA